GCUCAGUACGAUUUUAAUGCUGAAAUUCUUGAGGGUCUAGAAAAACUAGAGAUAAGAGCUUUCGAAAAUAAAGACAGUGAAUCAGUGUCAAUAAUAGGCGAAUUGCGGAAAAAACUGAAAACGCGCCAGAAAUAUAUUCGUAUUGCCGAUUCAUCUCCUGCAGGGUGGAAGACAGUAAACGAGUAUCAGUCCAGAGAAAUUGCCGACAACUCUGACGAUGAGAAGAAAAUUAGAAGCGCUGAAAACCGAGCCCUUAGGCAGCAAAGGCAAACCCAGAACAAGCGUUUCCACCCGUAUGGCUCCUACAGAGCUUCUACAGCGUCAGCAGCGGCAGGCUCGGCAGCCCAGCUUACUUCUGGUUCUUCCUCUACUGCUACAUCUCAGACAUAUACAUAUCAGCAGCAGCCCUUUCGUGGCAAACUCACAAGGCGUCAACCACAGCCCAGCGACGUAUGCUUCAACUGUUUUUCCACUGGUCACUGGAAAACCAACUGCCCCAAAAACAAGUCACAAAGUCAAUGAUAAGUAUACAGUUCCGGACAGACGAAUCGAUGAUGCUAUCUGUUGUCUACAGAAAACUAUCAUUCAUUUUCCCGAUGUAACAGCGAGGGAACUUGCAAGAGUAGUGGGGAAGAUCAUUUCUAUGACUCCAGUAAUGGAUAUAUUUAAAGUGGGCAGAUGGACGGGAAUUAAUUGUGGAUUACAGGAUCAUCGUCUAGCGGAACUUGCUUCUGAACUACCCAGAUAUUGUGUAACAUCUAAGGCCGAAAAUACAGCAAAACAGUACAGAUCUCUGUCAUUUUGUAAAAAAUUCCAAACUUAUAAACUGAGAUCGGAUAAUCGUCCAAUUUCUUAUACAAGAGCAAGAGAAAUCAUAUUGGAUUCACUUGAAAAGAUUGGUUUAGACAAGUGUAAAUUUGGUGUCCACAGUCUGAGAUCAGGUGGCGCUACCUCCGCAGCCGCCGCAGGUGUUAGCGACAGACUGUUUAAAAAGCAUGGGCGGUGGAGGUCGGAAAAUUCUAAAGAUGGUUAUGUUAAAGAAAACCAAAUUGAAAAACUUUCAGUUACUAAGAAUUUGGGCAUUUAG